AUGCAGUUACUUUUUCUUGCAGCGGCGUUUCUCUUUACGCACGACCUCUCCGGAGCCUCGCGCUCCGACAAGUGCGCCUCCCGGUGCGACGUGAGCUUGUGUCCGAGCCCCCGCUGCCCCGGCGGGUACGUCCCGGACCGGUGCAACUGCUGUCUGGUGUGCUCGCCCCGCGAGGGAGACCCCUGCGGCCGCAAAAACGACCUGCCCUGCGGGGAUGGCUUGGAGUGCCAGGUGCUCGCUGCCGGCAGGCGGCGAGGCUCCAGAGGGGUCUGCCGGUGUAAGAUGGAGCACGAAGUGUGUGGAAGCGACGGGAAAACGUACGGUAAUGUGUGUAAGAUGAGAGCAGCCAGCCGCAAAGCUCAGCAGAAGGGAAGACCAGAAAUUAGCCAAGCGCACAAAGGACCCUGUUCACCUUCAGGCACAGGUUUGUCCCUGGUCCAUCCCAGCAGCCCUCGCUACAAGUUCAACUUCAUCGCUGACGUGGUGGAGAAAAUAGCCCCUGCUGUUGUCCACAUUGAGCUGUUUGUAAGACAUCCUCUGUUUGGUCGCCACAUGCGUCUCUCCAGCGGCUCCGGUUUUAUUGUGACCCACGCAGGUGUGAUUGUGACCAACGCUCAUGUGGUAACAGCCGCUGCGGUGACGGGGAGGCCCCAGCUAUGCGUUCAGCUCCACGAUGGCGACGCGUACGAGGCUGCGCUCAGAGAUGUAGACAGGAAGGCAGACAUCGCCACAAUCAAGAUCAGCCCUCAGAAGAGGCUUCCUGUGCUGUCUCUGGGCCGUUCAGCUGAUCUGAGGCCAGGAGAGUUCGUGGUUGCCAUCGGCAGCCCCUUCGCUCUGCAGAACACCGUCACCACUGGCAUCGUCAGCACAGCUCAGAGGGACGGCAAGGAGCUGGGCAUCAAAGACUCAGACAUGGGCUACAUCCAGACUGAUGCUAUCAUUAAUUACGGCAACUCUGGAGGACCUCUUGUUAACUUGGAUGGGGAGGUGAUAGGCAUCAACACUCUGAAAGUGACAGCAGGGAUCUCCUUUGCUAUACCCUCAGACAGGAUCAGGCGCUUCCUCACAGAGUCACAGGCCAAACACAGCAAAGAAAAGACAAAACUGCAAAGAAGACUUACAGAGGACCCACAGGCUGAUGCAGAACUGGAGAGACGUUUUUUAGGCAUCAGGAUGCUCACGAUCACCAAAGAUCUAAUAGCAGAGUUAAAACGUCAUAACCCAGACUUUCCCGACGUCAGCAGUGGAGUGUUGGUGCAACAGGUCAUACCUAACACUGCAGCAGAAAAUGGCGGCAUUAAGGAAGAUGAUGUGAUAGUGAAGCUUAAUGGACAGCCAGUCGUGACAACUGGAGACAUUCAUGAAGCAUUGCAAGGUGACCAGGCUCUCCUGCUGGAGAUUCGCCGGGGCAAUGACGACUUACUGUUCAACAUCCACCCACAGGUUAUCAUACACUGA